GAGGGAGAGGGAGGUACCCUCACGGCUUUCUCUCUGUGUGUGUGUGUGCUUUUUCACAGAAAAAGAAAGACUGAACUGGGGCUGAAACUGAAACAGGGCAAGACUCGUAAAAGGAGUGCACUCUUUUGCUCUCCUUCAUUCUCACAGUUUCCUGUUUAAGGAGGCCAUUUUGUAACUCAGCCUUGGAAGGAGAGGCACAACAAAGUUUGGCAUUGUUUUUGUUUUUUCUCUCCCACGGCUGGGAGUUUCAUAAUCAACUUUGGACUUUCCCCCCCACUCCUCCUCCUCCUCCUCCUCUUCUGCAGAGCAACUUCUUUGGACGGAGAGAGGUGAAGGAGGGAACAAGGUGGAGGAGUUUGUGUCUCACACACACACACUGCUCAUGCUUGUCACUGCCGGGACUAUACCAGGAGUCUGAAGACGAAGAGAAAGAAGUGUCAGAAAGGAAGAGAAAACACAACUUCCUGGAUAAGGAUUUCUUCCUUGAUUGACUGGGAGGGGGUGGACACAGGACACAGAGGAGCUGGGACCCUCUGCUCAGUGUGUGUCUGUCCAUGUGUCAGUGUGUGGACCCCUCUCUCCUCCGCUGAGACACUUUGAAUGUGUUUUCUGAGACGUGAACACUGCACCUGGGCGUUUGUUUGUCAGUGUGUAUGUUGAGCUAGCAAACAGGACUCUGAAUGGCUAACGCUAGCCCUUGCAUGUCCUCAGGGGCCAUGGCCCAGGUCUUCUUCCCUCCUGGGGGCUCCUCACCACCAGGCUCAGCUGUGAUGCAGCAGGGGACCCCCAUAUCCAUGCCCUCGGUGUCCACUCAGGCUGGGUUUCCCAUGAUGGACCUGACACUAGUGGGGCAGGGUCCUGGUGGGGCUGUGAUACCUUCACUGCCUCCCACUCCAGCAGGGGUGUCCUUCAUCAUCCAGAUCGGCCUGACCAGAGAGUCUGUCCUGAUGCCCCAGAGUGCUGACCUGGCCUAUGUCAAACAGAUUGCCUGCUCCAUUGUUGACACCAAGUUCCCAGAGUGCGGCUUUUAUGGCAUUUAUGACAAGAUUUUGCUGUUCAAGCAUGACACGACCACAAACAACAUCCUGCAACUGGUGAAAGGUGCCAGUGACAUUCAGGAGGGAGAUCUGGUGGAGGUGGUGCUCUCUGCGGCAGCCACGUUUGAAGAUUUCCAAAUUCGGCCCCAUGCACUCAACGUGCACUCAUACCGGGCCCCGGCCUUCUGCGACCACUGUGGAGAGAUGCUGUUCGGAUUGGUCAGACAAGGGCUCAAGUGUGACGGAUGUGGACUGAACUACCACAAGCGAUGUGCAUUCAGCAUCCCAAACAACUGCAGCGGAGCUCGUAAACGCCGUCUGUCCACCACGUCGCUGAGCAGCACGCAGUCCCUGCGUCUCUCCACCACCGAGUCCGUCUACAGCGCGGGGACCGCCUCCACCUGCGCCGAGGACGCCAGCCUCGUCCGCUCACACACACAAAUGCCACGGACUCCUAGUGAUGCCCGGCGCUUCUACACGGGCCGACCGGUUCAUCUGGACAAGAUCCUGAUGAGCAAGGUGAAGGUCCCCCAUACGUUCGCUGUCCACUCAUACACUCGGCCGACAGUGUGCCAGUACUGCAAGAGGCUGCUCAGAGGACUGUUCAGGCAAGGCCUACAGUGCAAAGACUGCAAGUUUAAUUGCCAUAAACGCUGUGUGUACAAGGUUCCUAAUGACUGCCUCGGGGAGACCAUUGGAGAAAACAGAAGUAACUGCGACAUGCUGAGCCCCAGUGUGGACCCUGAGGUGCCCAUGGACUACAGCAGCGAGUACGACGCCUCAGACAAGUCCUCAAUAGACGACUCGGACGAGGCCUGCAGCAUUCCUGGGUCCUUUUCUCCUGACAACAACCAGGACGGAGCCAGCGGAGACCAGAGUGUUUACAUCCCGUUAAUGAGAGUCGUGCAGUCGGUGAGACAGACAACCCGUCGGUCCAGUACAGCUAUCAAAGAAGGAUGGAUGGUUCACUACAGCAAUAAGGACACACUGAGAAAGAGGCACUACUGGCGUCUGGACUGUAAGUGCAUCAUCCUUUUCCAGAACAACACCACCAACAAAUACUACAAGGAGAUCCCUCUCUCUGAGAUCCUGGAGGUGCGUGCUGCUGGAAACUUCACUCUCGUCCCCCCAGGAACAAAUCCUCACUGCUUCGAGCUCAUCACAGGCACUAUGUGCUACUUUGUGGGGGAGGACCCCAACACUCUCCCCCCUCCGUCCCCCAUCAACCCCCAGACUCUCCCCCCGACCCCUCCCUCCCCCAGCCAAGUAGCUCCUAACAGCGGCAUCGGCCGCGAGGUGGCCAAGGCGUGGGAGAGCGUCAUCCGCCAGGCGCUCAUGCCCGUCAUCUUCCAGGACGCACCGCCAGCCGAGGGCAACACCACUCACAGACAAGCUUCUAUCAGCAUAUCUGUGUCCAACAGUCAAAUCCAGGAGAAUGUGGAUAUUGGUACAGUGUACCAGAUUUUUGCUGAUGAAGUGCUGGGAUCUGGGCAGUUUGGAGUCGUGUAUGGAGGAAAGCACAGGAAGACGGGGAGGGACGUCGCCGUCAAAGUCAUCGACAAACUUCGCUUCCCCACCAAGCAGGAGAGCCAGCUGAGGAACGAGGUGGCCAUACUGCAGAGUUUACGUCACCUGGGUAUUGUGAACCUUGAGUGUAUGUUCGAGACGCCAGAGAAAGUGUUUGUGGUGAUGGAGAAGCUGCAUGGCGACAUGCUGGAGAUGAUCCUCUCCAGCGAGAAAGGCAGAUUGCCUGAGAGGCUCACUAAGUUCCUCAUCACGCAGAUUCUUGCAGCUCUGAGACAUCUACACUUCAAGAACAUCGUUCACUGUGAUCUGAAACCUGAGAAUGUGCUGCUGGCCUCUGCUGAUCCCUUCCCCCAGGUGAAGCUGUGUGACUUCGGUUUCGCUCGUAUCAUCGGAGAGAAGUCUUUCCGCCGCUCUGUGGUCGGCACCCCGGCCUACUUGGCCCCAGAGGUUCUGCUGAACCAGGGCUACAACCGCUCACUGGACAUGUGGUCGGUGGGCGUCAUUAUGUAUGUCAGCCUGAGUGGAACUUUCCCCUUUAAUGAGGAUGAAGACAUCAACGACCAGAUUCACAACGCAGCCUUCAUGUACCCCCCUAACCCAUGGAAACAAAUCUCCAGUGAUGCAACCGACUUGAUCAACAACCUGCUACAAGUUAAGAUGAGGAAACGCUACAGCGUGGACAAGAGUCUCAGCCAUGUAUACUUACAGGACUAUCAGACGUGGUUGGAUCUGCGGGAGCUGGAGACUAAACUCGGCGGGCGUUACAUCACCCACGAGAGUGACGACAGCCGCUGGCAAAUGUUUGCCCGUGAACACACCCUGCCUUACCCGGCUCACCUUGUUCCCCCUCCUCCUGCGCCAGCCUCUGACGAUGAGGAGGGCAGGGAGGAUGCAGAUGUGCAAGGCCUCACUGAGAGGGUCAGCAUCCUCUGACGGAGAGAGACUCGAGCUCAUUUAGGGAGGAGGAAAGAAGUAAGGAGAGGGAGGGAGCCUGAGAGAGACAUAAAGUGGUUCUUAUAGGAAUAGUGUCCAGCUGUUUAGACUUUCACAGCACAACAUUUGUGUGUCAGCACUCCAUUUUUACAUCAAUUCAACCAGUUUGUGGUCAUCAAAACGUCCCUCUGAUCAUUCACAUCUCCAGUUUCACCUUGAUGAACUUCUUUUUUUCGUGAUGAACAAUGCUUGAUCUAAUUUCCAUCCUCCGUGCGGCCGACUCUGGGAGUUUUUUCUGAUAAAAUCAGAGUUAAAAAUAUGAAUCAGAAUUUGCAAGAGCGGCGUGUUCUUUUCCUCCCACUGCAAGAUGGAAGAACUGCCACUUCACCACAACUGAUACAGAUAAGAUAAGCGCAACAAUUUGGUACAGGUGUGUUUUUAUUGAGAUGUUUUUUCCCCAACAAAUAGGAGUGAAUAUUAAAAAAUGAAACCCAUGAAAAACGGUAACAUUUGUUUGGCUUCAUUUAAUUGGGCUUCCUGGAAUUGCAGUCCCUUUUAUGACUUCGGUAAAUGCCCGUCUAAUCUCUUUUCAUUGCUCUACAGUGACAAAGGACUUCCUCCGUGCUAGUAAUUACUAAUGUGCAGGCAUGGUGUCAAAACCAUCUACAUUCAUAAAUGUAUUCCCAUAAAAGCAUGUCCUGGAGUGAAAACUGGAGGUAUUGAUCCGGUGACAGCAAAUCCUCCAGUAAUUACCAAUAGUUCUGAGCCACAAUAGACUCUUAGAAAACACAUGUGAUUGAAGAUGUCUUUGUGGGUUUAAAUGAACUCUAGCAUCGGGUUGUUUACUUCCUGAAACUCCCACUAUCAUCCAUCUCUGAAGUCAGAUCAUCUGUUCUCACAGUUGCAUGUACAAAUGAGUCAAAUAUUGCCAAUUAUUACACCCUUGGAGUUAAAUGGACACCUCUUUUAAACAACACAGCUCCUUGCUUACUGCUUUAACCCUCU